ACCAUGAACACUUUAUUGAGACAGACCACCCGUAUUGGCUCGGCGAGCAAGGUGUGCAGGCCUCUAUCUUUAAGCCGUGGGUACUCUACGGAAGCGCCAAAGGCUGUCGGUGCUGUGCGAGGGGGUCUGUUGGGAUUUCUGCUCGGUGUCACUAUAUCAGGAGGUGUGGGAUACUAUUACCUUUUGGAAGAGUAUAACACCGCUUCAGCGACUUUGUUGAGCUCAGUACAGGAUUUGCAAGCGUCUACCGAAAAGGUGCGAGAUUAUGCACGACGAAUUGAAUCAAUCGAUCGGGAUCUAUCUAAAUUGAAGGAAACAACCGCAACGACACAGCAACUUCAGGAUUUACGAGUCGAAUUGAAGAAGCUUUAUGACGCACUCAACAUCGAGCAUUUGGAACUGAAAACGCAUGUUUGGGGCUUGGAACAAGAUAUCACUCCAAAGGCAAAAUAAAGCGCGCUACAUAUAAGAGGUCUGUGAAGCUGAUAGAAAGACUACUACUGUUAAUAAAGCCUAUCGCAUGGAUACUUUACGCAAAAUCGGUUGAUGUGUGCCUGGCAGAGGACAACGAGACUGAGUAGGAAAUGUACAUCUAGUAAGCUGCUACUUUAGGCUACGAUGCCGCUUAUUAGCUCGCUGCUGAGGAUUGAGCCGAAGCUGAAAAGGAAUGGUGUAGAGGAGAAUGAAUGUUGAUGUCAUAAUGCUUGAGAAGUGAAUAGAGAAUGAUGCCAUGUCGAAGGUAAACGUUGUAAUGGUC